UCGGGCCGACUCUGACCGACUCCGGAAACUUGGCCCUCUGGCGCCUGCGUCUCAUUCCGCUUCUCCUCCCGCCCCUCAAGCUCAAAACCCAGAAUCGAAACUGUGCUGUGAUCCAUGCAGCGGGAGCCUGCACUCGCCCGAUCUCCGGGUCCCCAGCAAGACCCCGCACUGCCCCCCACACCCACCAUGCCUCCCCCGGAGUCCGUCUCCGAAGGCCACCAGCCCAGCCCCAGCCACAGCCCCACGGAGAAAGCCGUGGAGGAGGAGUUCCAGUUCCUGCGCUGCCAGGGCUGCCAGGUAGAAGCCAAGUGCCCCAAACUGCUGCCUUGUCUGCACACGCUGUGCUCAGGAUGCCUGGGGACGCCGGGCAUGCAGUGCCCCAUCUGCCAGGUGCCCGGGCCCACAGGCAUGGACUCACUGGCCCUGGAUAACAUCUUCUUCGAGAGUCUGCAGCGGCGCCUGUCGGUGUACAGGCAGAUCGUGGACGCCCAGGCACUUUGCACCCGUUGCAAAGAGACGGCGGACUUCUGGUGUUUCGAGUGUGAGCAGCUCCUCUGUGCCAAGUGCUUCGAGGCACACCAGUGGUUCCUCAAGCACGAGGCCCGGCCCCUGGCAGAGCUCCGCAGCCAGUCGGUGCAUGAGUUCCUAGAUGGCACACGGAAGUCCAACAACAUCUUCUGUUCCAACCCCAACCACCGCACCCCUAUGCUGACUAGCAUCUACUGCCGAGGCUGCUCCAAGCCGCUGUGCUGCUCCUGCGCGCUCCUGGACAGCGGCCACAGCGAGCUUAAGUGCGACAUCAGCGCAGAGAUCCAGCAGCGGCAGGAGGAGCUGGACGCCAUGGCGCAGGCGCUGCAGGAGCAGGACCACGCCUUUGGUGCGGCGCACGCGCAGAUGCACGCGGCUGUCAGCCAACUGGGCCGCAUGCGCGCAGACACCGAGGAGCUGAUCCACUCGCGUGUGCGCCAGGUGGUAGCGCAAGUGCUGGCCCAGGAGCAAGAGCUGCUGGAGGGAGUGAACGCGCGGUACCAGCAAAGCUACGAUGAGAUCGCGGGCCAGCUGGGCCACCUGGAGGCAGUGCUGCAGCGCAUCCGCGUGGGAGGUGCACUGGUGCAGAGGAUGAAGCGCUACGCCUCGGACCAGGAGGUGCUGGACAUGCACGACUUCCUGCGACAGGCACUCAGCCGCCUGCGCCAGGAGGAGCCCCAGAACCUGCAAGCUGCUGUGCGCACCGAGACUUUCGACGAAUUCAAAGUGCGCUUGCAGGGACUCGUCUCCUGCAUCACUCAGGCGACCGAUGCAGUUCUACCCAGGAGAGCCAGCCCAGAGGCUGCCAGGACUCCCAGGGACUCUCCUGACAUUGACUCGCCAGAAGAGAUUCCGAGCUCCCAGGCACAUGCCCCAGGGCUGGCUGAGCCCCAAACCAUGGCCUUGGUACAGUCAGUGCCCGGGGUACACCCAGUGCCCGUACAUGCCUACUCCAUCAAAGACCCCUCCUGCAGAGAGGACAUCUGCAACCCAGUCACUCCCCAGAAGAGGAAGUCCUGCCAGACCGAGUGCCCCAGAAAGGCUAUCAAGAUGGAGUCUGAGGAGGAGAAGGAGACACGGUUGGCCCGGAGCUCCCCCGAGCAACCCAGGCCCAGCACCUCCAAGGCAGUCUCGCCACCCCACCUGGACGGGCCCUCCAGCCCUCAGAGCCCCAUCAUCAGGAACGAGGUCUUCCUGCCCAACAGCAACCAUGCGACCGGCGAGCCUGGGGAGGCAGAGGAGCGCGUCGUGGUGAUCAGCAGCUCGGAAGACUCAGAUGCCGAAAACUCGUCUUCCCGGGAGCUGGACGACAGCAGCAGCGAGUCCAGUGACCUCCAACUGGAGGGCCCCAGCUCCUUGAGGGUCCUGGAUGAGAGCCUCGCCGACCCCCAAGCAGAAGACAGGCCCCUGGUUUUCUUUGACCUCAAGAUUGACAGUGAAACCCAGAAGAUUAGCCAGCUGGCAGCCGUGAACCGGGAGAGUGAGUUCCGUGUGCUCAUCCAGCCCGAUGCCUUCUUCAGCAUCUACUCCAAGGCCGUCUCCCUGGAGGUGGGGCUGCAGCACUUCCUCAGCUUCCUCGGCUCCAUGCGCCGCCCCAUCUUGGCCUGCUAUAAGCUGUGGGGGCCUGGCCUCCCCAACUUCUUCCGGGCGCUGGAGGACAUGAACAGGCUGUGGGAGUUCCAGGAGGUCAUCUCCGGCUUCCUGGCCGCUCUGCCUCUCCUCCGGCAGCGCGUGCCCAGGGCCAGCAGCUUCAAGCUCAAGAGUCUGGCCAAGACCUACCUAGCAAGAAACAUGAGCGAACGCAGUGCCUUGGCCGCUGUGCUGGCCAUGCGAGACCUGUGCCGCCUCCUCGAGGUCUCCCCGGGCCCCCAGCUGGCCCAGCACGUCUACUCCUUCAGCAGCCUGCAGUGCUUCGCGUCCCUGCAGCCCUUGGUGCAGGCGGCCGUCCUGCCCCGGGCUGAGGCCCGCCUCCUGGCCCUCCACAACGUGAGCUUCACCGAGCUGCUGGCCGCGCACCGCCGGGACCCGGAGCGGGGCUUGAAGAAGUACAGCCGCUACCUGAGCCUGCAGACCACCUUGGUGCCCCCCGCGCAGCGCGCUGCCAACCUGCAGGCCCUGAGCUCCUACUUCAAAGGCCUGUCGUCCGAGGAGCCCGUCUCGGCACGGGCAGAAGGCAUCGCUGGCCACAGCUUGGCAGAAAAAGCGUCCCAGCAGAGCUGAGAAGAGGCAAGGACUGUCUUGGAAUCUCAGGGGGCCAAGAACUAUGAAGUCCCUGAGCCAGGCCCUCAACCAUCAAGGCAUUUCCUGGCCCUGGUCCCCAGUAUGCAGUUGUCAUUUGGUCCAGGAUCCGUUCUCUCGGACCAAAUUGGAGCCCCACUGAGAAGGGUCCAAGUCCAAGUCCUAUCCCCCCAGGGGCCACCAGACCCCCAUGCAGGCUUUGGGAGCACCAGUGGGUUGCUUCAACAGACACCUGGUCCCUCUCCUCCAGGAGAAACUUGCCACUUGCCGCAACUCCUCCUGGACCCUGGCCACUGCCCUGGGGGACCUGCUGACAACCCCCGUGGACACUGCCUGCAACACCCCAUGGGCACCCAAAGUGCCUUUCAAACCAAACCGCUGUCAUGAGUUUGGGUUCUCCCACCACCUGCCUGCCUAAAGGCCACCUCCCUGUUCAUGUCUCCUUUGGGGAUAAAAAUGCAUUUUCAUCCCCACAGGCCUUCAUAUCUGCAGAGACAGAAUCUGCUGCCCUGUGGCUGUCCCAUCUUCCAGAGUCUGACCCUUCCAAGCUUCUUUCCUUCUGGCCACACAGACACCUCUCCUUUUAGUCAGGUUUUGCUUUUUGGUCCUCAGGCCAUCAGCCCCUCUCAGCACGGCUUUUGCUCUCUCCGCAGCGCCCUCCUCAGCCCCAUUAGGAAUGUCCUCUAGCCCAGGGUGUGGGCCACAUACAUCAGGAACCCGCAGUGUUGGCAUCCCGUGAAAGCCUCUACCCCAGACCUUUGGGAUUAGCAUCUCUGAGAGCUGAGCCCGGCAAGCUGCUUUAGCACACUCCAACGAUUCUGCUGCCUGCUAGGACACAGAACCAGCGCUCUGCUAGACCGCUUCCUGAAAGAGCAGCAGUGUGGAACUGCUGAGAAAGUCCUGGCCCCAACUGCGCACUUUGACAGUGAACCUAGGAAAAGACCCCUUCCUGAGCCCCGGUGUCCCCGCUGGGCCAAUUGGUUCCCAUCUGGUUCUGCCAUUUUGGGGCUUUGGGCAUGGACAGCAACCACCAAGCCAGUGGACAAGAUGAUUUUCAACUUAAAUCCUAGCUCUCAGCCCUAACCUAAGCUAAGGUCCUUGGUCUGUGGUCACACCAGAGGUCAGCAGCAGGACACAGCAAGGUCAAGGCCUUCCCUCUGACUAGCAGAACCACUGUCCCUCCCCAUCUCCUCUCCCUUCUUCCUUCCUUGGCUCUCACCAUGGGGACACAGCCCGGGCCUCCAGCCCCUAUUGCCUGAGUUUCACAGGAGUGAAGUCUGUGUGCCUGCACCUCAGCCCCCGUCCAGUAGGUGCCCUGGAGAUCCGCUAAGGGAUUACAUGGGAACCGGCUGCCACAGUGGGAGCGUUAGCUCUAACAGUGAACUCUGACACAUUUAAAAUAGCAUUCGAUGGGGCGCCUGGGUGGCUCAGUCGGUUAAGCCUCCGACUUCGGCUCAGGUCAGAUCUCACGUUCAUGGGUUCAA